AUGACCAAUUCCUCAUGCGUCGAUAUCGACGAAUGCGCAAUAGGAGUGGCUGCUUGUGACAUGAAACUAAAAAAUUCUGAAUGCGUGAACACACCCGGAAGUUACGAGUGCAAAUGCAAUGAAUACAGGAAGUUGAAGAACAAUAUAUGCGAAGAUAUCAACGAAUGCCUGGAGAAUCGAGGUGGCUGUGCAGAACAUACUGACUGCAUCAACAACAUUGGAGCUCCGGUGACCUGCAAGUGCUUACCAGGGUAUACAGGAAACGACGGCAAACCUGGGAAGGCUUGUAAGGAUAUUAACGAAUGUCAAGAGCCAGAUCACUGCCCAGAGAACUCCGCGUGCAUUAACACCCCCGGUUCUUUCAGAUGCGAGUGCAAUGUUGGAUUUGUCAAAGAUUCGAAUGGGAAAUGCACCAGCAUGGACAUGUGUGUUGCGGGACAGAACAAGUGCGAUCCUAUCUUUGCCACGUGCGCCGCAACUGAUGGCUCGUACACCUGCUCUUGCAAGAAGGGCUUUCAGGGCAGCGGGAAGAAAGGGGAAUGCAGACCGCUUCGUGGCUCAGAGUAUAAAGCUUGCGAGCUGCUUGGGCUCAGAUGCGGGAUAUACGAGCACUGCGAAUCCGAUAAAUCAGGAAGCUAUAGAUGUGCGGCCCUGGGUAGACUGCAACAGCUGAAAGUACUGUUGAACGAAGGACCGGGAACGGAGACGCCUAUCUGGCUGUGGUGCGUCGUCGCUGUGGCGGCUGCCAUUUUGAUUGGCUUGAUUGUCUUCACCGUUCGCUGGUGUAUGAGGCGGCGGAGAAAGACGUAUGGCUCAGAAGAUGACGCUCUGAUGGCUGGAUAUGGAUAUGAUUACGGAGCGGCGGACGCGUACAGCGGAUAG